UAAGGAAGUUGACAGCAGCGAGCGUCAACUUCGAUCGCGUCUCCUGAAAGAAAGAGGAGAUUAAAGCCGUAUAGUCUGCUGGUGAUGUAUAUAUUGCAUCUUUUCCUGCUGCUCGGUGCGCUCCUAGUCAAAGGUGGUUCUUCUGCACAUGCUCAGUCUAAUCAGGUUUAUGCGUUUGCUGGUGGGAACACCAUCCUGCCGUGCAUUUUGAUACCCCCAGCCAGUGCAGAUAUCCCGACAGUGGAGUGGUCCAAAGUGGUGGAGGGGCUGAAGCCAUCUAUCGUCUACUUAUACCGUCAUGGCUGUGAGACAUUCGCAAUGAAGGAUCCCGACUUUGAGUACCGGACAAGCCUCAUCCUGAGAGAGCUGCAAAAUGGGAACUUCUCACUAAGGAUCUCCAACGUGAAGCUGUCCGAUUCGGGGAUGUACCAGUGUAUGAUAAUCCAGAAUAACGGAACCAAGGAAGAAACUAAAGUGGAGUUGGUUGUGGGUUCAUCGUCUGAGCCGAAGCUUUCAGUAGUUUCUGCUGAUGGCGAUGGAGUGACCAUUGAGUGUGAAGCCCUGUGCUGGAUGCCUGCGCCACAGAUGACAAUUCUGGAUAAUGACGGAAAGAGACUGACUGAUGAAGAGCCGAAGCAAGAACAAGAUCCUAGAGGAUGUUACAACACAAGGCAAAAUGUCACCCUGCAAAAUCCAGUAAGCAGGGUUGUGUGCAAAGUCGAACUGCAGCAGAGAAAUCAAAGCAAGAUUGCAGAUAUACUCCUUCCAGAUUUCUGGAAGAAAUCCUACACUACAUUAAUUAUUCUGUCAGUGGCAGUAACAGCUUUAGUUUCCGUCGCAAGUUACAGCUUGUAUAUUUGGUUGAAGAAGAAACAUUCUAAGACUGGUAAGUUGACAUUGUAAAUAAAAAAAAUGGAU